ACACCUGGGAAAAACUGUUGAACCAGGCAGGAAUUUCUAGAUCAGCAGCUAAAGAAUGUGUCUGUUUGUUCUGUGUGUUUUAUCGCUGUGCUCUCAGUCCUGCCUGUGCAGUUCGGUCGGUCAGACUCAGCAGCUUCUAGCAGAACUUCAUCAGAUCUCCUCAUCCUCCUCUCUCCCAGCUCCCCGCAGUGUGUGCCUCCUCUCCCGCCUCCCCCGGCCUCGCUGUCCGCAGCUUCGUAUUUAAUCCCGGUGGCUACUGGAACAUCUUGCCUCUCUUCUCCUCUUUUUUCGCCCCUCUGGAGAAAUGUAUGACGUCGGUUCGGAUCAGAUCCGGACCGUAGAGCAAAACUGUAGCCGGGCCGAGCUGGACAAACAGGAGGCUUCGGUUCCUCAGCCGCAUACGGUGUUUGUGAUCCUGGACUCGACUGAAACUCUCAACUUGGUCCAGAUGGAGUCUGGGAUCGUUGCUGACAUAGAGGUCGACAGUUUGAUUCCCACCGACAGCGAUGCUUUCUACCAGAUCAAGAGUCAGCCGAUUAACAUCAGCUCCUCUCCAGCAUCAUCCUCAUCCUUAUUGUCAUCCUCAUUUCCGUCAGUGAUGUCAUCCAGGGUUCUGAUGCGUCAGGGCUUAAUGCGUCAACAGGCUCUGGAGGAGGAGCAGAAGGAGGUGCAGCAGCAGCAGCGUUCCAACGAUUCCUCCUCUCCUAUCAGCCUGGCCGUGACCUCCUCCUGCACGCCUGCUCAGGUUCCUGUGGAGGUGCUGAAGGUGCAAACUCACCUGGAGAACCCCACCAGGUACCACAUCCAGCAGGCUCAGAGGCAGCAGGUCAGGCAGUACCUGUCCAACACCAUGACAGCCAAUCAGCAGCCAGCUGUGCAGCCAAGACCCUCGCCCAAGCAGGACUCUGUGUCCAUUGAGAGCAGCCCAAAGCAAGAGAUGAAGGAGACUGUGAUUGAUGACAUCAUCAGCCUGGAGUCGAGCCUAAACGAGGAUUUUCUGACGCUGAUUGACUCUGGCCUCCAGCUCACCAACACGCUGCCUGCAGUGGGGAACAUGCUGGACGUGUACGGAGGGAUGGCCACACCCACCAUUACCAUUAGCAACAGCUGUCCGGCCGACCUACACGCCGUCAAACAGGAGCUGGCUGAUGUGGAGACCAAAGCUCUGCUGAAAGAGCGGCAGAAGAAGGACAACCACAACCUGAUUGAGAGGAGACGACGCUUCAACAUCAAUGACCGCAUCAAAGAGCUCGGAGCAAUGAUUCCCAAAUCCUCUGACCCGGAAACACGGUGGAACAAAGGAACUAUCCUGAAGGCAUCUGUGGAUUACAUCCGGAAACUGCAGAAAGAACAGCAGAGAGCCCGAGAAAUGGAGGAGAGACAGAGGAGGUUGGAGAGCACCAACCGUUCACUGCUCCUGCGUAUACAGGAGUUGGAGCUCCAGGCUCGCCUACAUGGCCUUUCCUCUUCCUCCUCUGCUUCCCCUCCACUCAUCUCCUCCUCGUCCCCCUCUCUGGACCCCAACACUCUUCUGUCUCCCCUGCUGCCUAACCCCUCCCUGAGCUUCAUGGACCUGGAUGAGUCUCAUGAGGCCUCCACCGUCUUCUCUCCAGACCUGAUGUCUGGCGUGGGGCUGACAGAGCUGCAUGGCCUGGGGGGGUUCCUGAUUGAGGAGGAUGGAGGAGGAGCAGUUAUGUCCGACCCGCUGCUGUCCUGCGGAGCCUCUAAAACUAGCAGCCGGAGAAGCAGCUUUAGCAUGGACGAGGAACUUUGAUGUCACCACAGGCUGGUCUCUGAUUGGCUUAGAAGGAGGCGGAGUCAAAGGUUGAAGAAAAUUGAUAGAACAAUUUUUAUUCUGUGAUGUCAUCCAACAUAUUCAGUGUACAAGUAAAGGACAAUGCAACCAUGGUAACCACACCCUGGCAACCGCUGCAAGUUGCUGCGGUGUAACAAUGGCCACAUUUUCCUCACUGUGUUUCCAUGGUGACAUUUAUGUUCAGCUCAAUGGUUGCUGUGGUUACCUUACCUCUGUGCUCAUCACAAACGGCUAAACACCGCGAGCUGAUUUGUGUUUAAAUAAUAAGAUGUCAGCUGAUUGGUUGAUUUCAGCAGGUCUGUAAGUUCAGCAGGGGAGCCCUCAGGUGUGUUAACACUCUAUGUGUACAAAACUGAUAUCCACAGAUAUCUAAAAUAUCUAAAAUCAGUGUGUGCUGGAAGCAAACUCUAAGGAGAUUUUAUGAAUAAGAAGAUACAUUUUCCUGGAUCGGAUCUGAUCGGGUUCAGAUUUUUUAUUUUCUAUUUAUGUCCAUGUUAAAACUUUCUGCUGGAGACAAACUUCAAAACCAACAGAAGGGAAAAUAAAGACCAGUACCUGGAUUCUGUGGUUAAUGGUUUCAGCAGAAUUUAGUACUGGUAAACGCUCCAGUAUUGCCUUGAUGUCAUCUAUCUGUCAUCCAGACGUUGGCUCAGCAUCUUUUCAGCGCUUAAUCCUCAUAAAGGUUUUUGAUUGUUUGUAGUAAAUCACCUGGAUGAAAAUUUCCUGCCUCCUGUUUAAAAACCUUCAGUUGAAAAUGUCAGAGCUCUUCUGAAAGCCUUCAGUUUUCUUGUAUUACAAAGAAAAUCUCAGUGAAGUCAGACAAUCUGCGGAAGUGGAACGAUCGAACACUAAACAUCACUGGUGAUGCUUUCCACUAAUGAAGAUAAAGUUUUUAAUCUGUCCUUUGUUUUGCUGCAGGUCAAUGAAAAUAAAUGCCAGAUGGUAAAAUGA